AAACUUUCUCAAGAAGAACUGCAGCUGUUGGACGAUAUGUAUGAGAAGGUCUGUCCAUCACAUGAUGAUUUACGAGAAGAAAAAUCGUGGGAUGACUUCCUGCGUGAAGCCGCUGAUCAUACCUACCUGCUUCUCAACCAUUCGUCUAAAACUGUGCCAAAUACUGAUAAAACAUACACGGAUUUCCGGGUUCUUUUGGACAAAAUCUUGAACUGCGGAUAUUUUCACAAAUCCUUACCUGGCCGAGGUGAAAACCAGCCGCCGGAACAAGCAAAGUCUGAUGCUGGUUCGUCAUGUGGCAACGAUGAUAAGGAAAUCGGGAACAAGCUAGAGGACCAACCAACCGAGUUGCGGCCAGAAAUCAGUUCUUCGGAAAAACCGAUCGACGAGGGGUCCUCCUAUUGUCGUCAGGAAGUCUGUGAUCAGACCGUUAUUUCCCAGCUUCACCAGUCUCCGACGGACGUGAUCGGCCCUACCCAGGGGUACGUGCACUUCCUGCAGGAUGAUCAGACAACAUGUCCCCCUAAAGAGUCAACUUUAUAUUGUGAGGCACAAGAUGGUCCGGUAUACAACGUCUCAGGCGGUGCCGUGUUGUUUGCUCAGCCCUCUAACCCGACCUUGCAGCAGAAUCUUUAUCCAAAUGGAUUCCCGAACAGUUUCUGCAGUUUUCCUUCCACCAUGCCGCAGGCAGCGGUUUGUGUUGCUGACAGUAUUCAACUGGCGGAACAGAUGAAGACCGUCACUGUGUCAUGUGAUGCCGAUGUUGCCUCCACUCCUGUUUCAGAACCUGUAACUAUUAUCGAUUUUGAUAGUAUAUUUUUGUAUAGACGAGACGCUGUGCUGAACAAAGGCAACCAGUUCGUCAGGGGAUCAGAAAGGGGCCCUGUACCGCAGGGCAUUUCCAAUCAGAACACGGAAUGUAACGGAAGCCACGCGGUCACCCCUGCCGUUGCUGCCGCCACCUUUGUCACCACAGUCCCUGCACCCCUCAGCGACCCAUCGUCGUUCGAUUCUCAGUUCAAACCGGUACGAAGUCGAGGUGGAAGAGGCCGUGGUGGCUUUAGAGGAGGACCGCGGAACAGUAGCAAUGUACCUUUUCGUGGUUAG